UGAAAUCUGCGAGGCUAACGCUGCUAGCAGGUCCGUUAGCUGCCGUUAGCGAGCUGCUGCUCCUGGAUGCAGCCAGGCGGCCGGUGUAGCUCCGCGUUAGCCCCGCGUACCCGCGGAGCAGAGCAGCCGGAGCCCCGGAGUCCGUGAGGCUGCGGAGGAGGCUCCGUUUUCAGGCAGCAGAUUUGUUUCAUCGAGCAAAAUGGCUGAAUUUAUUGUGCCGACCUUGACAGUAGUAACGAGAUGACAUAUUAUUUAUAACGAGCUAACCGCCCAGGAUGCUCGGUAACGGCAGCUAGCCCGGUGAUGUAACCGGUGUAACCGAAGGCUCCGAAUCGGAAUAAUUUCACUGUUCUGCGCUGAGUUCAUGGCAGAAUGCCGUAAUGACAUUCACGUGGAUUCUGCUCUGAAACGGGGAAAGCGCCGCACGGACGCGUUAGCAUCCCUAAUUGAAAACAAUAGGAUCUCUUAGCCACAAGCUAGCAUCAGCCGGAGAUGCCCAGCGGCCUCAGCGAGCCCGGCGUCAGAGAGGCGGCUCGGCUCAGGCGGCACCGAGGCCUCCGCUGACCCGGGCCGCCUGUCAUCAGCACGGACCAGGGGCCAUCGUUUAACCAGGGCGAGCCACGUGUUUAACGGGAGCCUCGUUAACACCGCUGCUUCAUCCGAGCAAAUAAAAACGGAAACAACAUAAAGCUGUUUCAGCCGGGGCCCCUCCUGUCUGUGGCCCCUGACCUCGGUUCUACCAGGAGGCAAAACCCUCAUGACUCCACCAACAGAGCUGGAAAGUGAUGAAGUGAAUUAGCUGUGCUGGAGUAACUGUGCGGUCUCUGAUUAGUGCAGUGGCUGGUUGAGGCCUGUUGUCAUCUGUCAUGUUUGUCUGUGAGACACAAUCAGAGACAUUGUCUGCGCCUCUGCUGUCAGUGAUGUUUGAGACGCAGAGAGGAACUGUCCAGUGUCUGAGCAGCUGAGGUGUGAGAGAGGAGGAAGGAAUCGUUGUGAUUCAGGUGAGUUGCCAGGGGCAACAACUGACUCACAAUGUCCUUGUGAGAAUAGGCGGGGCUACCUGGCCCUGAGUUGGUGAGGAGGAGGAGUCUCAGCCACCCCACCCCCCAACCACCUUCUCGUCCUUUGACAGACCAAACCAACGGAAACACAGACGGGCGUGGCUCUCCCCUCCCUCCUCCUCCUCUUCCUCCUCUUCCUCCCCUCUCCUCCCUGUUCUCCCCCCCUCCUCCUCUACCCGUCUCCUCACCGCCUCCCUGCCUCGUCCUCCCCCUCAGCCCCCCCGUCCCCUGCCACCAUGUUGUGGUCACGCUGCUGGUGGAGAGCCUGAGGAAGCAGACUCUGGAAGGCGACCCUGCUCAGUCAGGGGACUUCUACCUGUCCCUGCUGGACCCGAAAACCCUCGCAGAGUGCUGGCCCCCAGAUGGCUUGAUGCCUGAGAGCAGCUACUGGCAGCUCUGCCCUCCCUCCAAGUCCGGCCUGCAGGGGGGGUUACUGAGCUCUAGUUUCCCCCCCGGCCCCGUGCCCCUGGUGCCCCCAGAUGCUCACCUGCAGGAGGGGGGUGAUCCCCUGGAUGGGACCCCCUCUCAGCCACAGCAGCACCGGCCCUUGGCGCCCAGCACCUCAGCAUCCGAGCUGUCUCUCCCCGGAGCGGCGGCGGCACCCCCCGGCCCCCCUCCCCCUCCUCCCCCGCCUCCUAAGCGCCACUGCCGCUCGUUGUCGGUGCCCGAGGAUCUGUCGCGCUGCCGCUACACCUGGAGGCCCAGCGCUUCACGGGUCUGGACUCCUGUUAGUCGCCAGCAGUGCCACGGGGGAGCUGGGGGAGGGGUUACAGGUGGGGGGGCAGGGGUUGGAGGGGGUAUAGGAGCAGGUGUGGCGGGGGGAGGAGCCUGUCCUCUCCGCGCCCCCAGCUCCUCUCUGAACUCGUCGCUGCACUCCUCAUCCAGCCCCACCUUCUUCAGCCUGGCGCUGUCUCCGGACUCGCCGCUGCCCUGGAGCUUCCCCUGGGACCCCAGCGAGGCGGCUGCGGGGGGAGGAGCCUGCUGCUGCUUCUUCCCCUCCCCUUCCUCCUGCUCCUCCUCGCCCUCUCCCCUCCACCCGCCUCCCCCUCCUCAGAGGCGUUUCUCUCUCUCCCCCGUGCUCAUUAGAGACUCGGCAGCAUCCACCUUCCUGCCUCCGCCUCCCGUGCCGAGCCAAGCGGCAGCACCGCAGCCGGGAUGCUCCACCGCGGCCGGAGCGACCGCAGGGGGUCCGGUGCCGGCCUCGCCCUCCUCAGCUUGCAGCACGCCGUCAUCUCUGCGGCGCAGCCUGCCGCCGCAGCUGCCACGCUGCCACUCGCAGCCCUGUGACCUGCUUCUGCUCAAACCGGGUCUGAAGAGACGCAGAGACCCCGACAGACCCUGCGCCCGUCCCGUCCUCGACUUCACCAAGAUGACUCAGACCCGCAGCAUCGACCCGCAGUGUCUGGAGCGCGGCGGCGGCAGGCUGGCCUGUGGCGGUGACGUUUGUAUGGGCAUGGAGCCCUUCAUGGGCGACUUCCGGGGCUCCUGCUCACCGGCAGAGUGCCUGGGCAGGACCAGCAUCGGACCGCUGAGCGAGAGCGACGAGGAGUGCCGCGAGGAUGAUGACGAUGAUGAUGAUGAUAGGGAAGAGGAAGCCGCCGAGCGCGAGGCAGCGCAGCAGGCAGUGUUUGAGAGGGACUGUACAGAACUCGACUUGAACUUAAUAGAAGAAAACUGACAUAUUUGUAAAUGGAAGGCUGUUUCAGUCUUUUAAUUUAGUUUUAUUUUGAAAUGAUCUGAACCCCUCGCCCCUUCCUGGACCACCGUCGUAUCAACACUCUGCGUCUCCUUGCCACCAAUCAGCAAGGCUCUCAGGAACAACACCUCUCAUUGGAUGAGCUGGAGUAAACAAAGCUGAUUGACGACAACAGUGAUGAUCUGACUACCGCCGUUAAAGGCUCGGCUCUGUGGCUUCACUCGGAAUCCUCCCGGCGGCUUCGCCGUUGGAAAGCUGUUUGUUAAAACGAGGAUCUCUUACAGAGUAACUGUGGUCGCCUGUGAUGAGAGGAAACUUCCACACUCUGAGUCCCAGUCAGGACAGUUUGUCCUCCUGAGUGUUUGACAGGAAAAUCACUCCAGUGUCUGAGCUUCACCAACCUGGAACAUCACGAUUCCCAGUCUGAACCUUCUAGCUUCAGGCUAACGCACCGACAAGCCAUCGUUCAGGUGUCUGAAGCCCAGACGCAGAGUUUUCCCACUUCACUGACUGGACUCAGACUGUUCAGGUGUCCCUCAGCGUCCCUGCUUCUUGGCGUCCAGGUGUCUUCCAGCACACAGCAGCUGAGUCUCUGUAACACACCACACUCUGAUGAGGCUGUCGCCGCACUGCAGCGCCAACCUGAACCGUCAUCACCACACCCGUGGCCCAGACCUGCACCCACACACAAGCCGAGACGCCAGAGCAGCUUUAAACUGCUGCCAGGCUUUAAAGGCUCAGUUCACCCAAACCAGAACAAACACACUUCCUCUCUUCCCUUUAGUGAACAGAUCAAAGAAGCAGCUCACCUGAGUGGAGGCGUCCUCUGCCUGAUUCCACAGGCUCCUUUUUGAUUUGAUCAUUUUUGUUUGGUUUUCAUCAAAUCAGUGUUAAUGACAAAGUAAUCUCUGAAAACCGGAGUGAUGAGGAAAUUCUCUGCGUCUGGAUUAGCUGAGAAGAUGAAAUAUGUAGAAAAUCACAGAACACACAGGUGAAGCUGUGGACACUGUCCACACUGUCCACACUGUCCUGACCGGCUGAGCCACGUCAGAGAAUCACGUCCUGAACUGACGAGAACAUCGAGGCGCUGCUCACAUUAUUUAUCAUGAUGUUUCAGUGAUGCCUGUCAGCAGCCUGUCAAUGGCACAACUUUAUUUAUAACAAUAAAUGCAGAAACAACAAAGUGUUUUUAAGACUGAAACACACACACACACACACACACACACACACACACCUGUAUAAACACUACAUGUCACAGUCGUGACCUGGGUGUAGUGAUGCGUUCAGGUUUGUUGGUGUUCUGUGGCGUCGUCCCAUCAGACUUCACUGAGGGCAGGUAGCCACUGAUGCUGUUGUUCACCUGAGUGUUUGCACAUUCCUGUCACACACCUGUCACUUAAAAACACUACACUGUGUGUGUGCGUGUGUGUGCGUGUGUGUGCGUGUGCGUGUGUGUGUGUGUGCGUGUGUGUGUGUGUGUGUGUGCGUGUGUGUGUGUGUGUGCGUGCGUGUGUUUUAGCACUGACACAUUGAAUCCUGCUGGUGGUCAUGUGACUUGUGUCCAGAUUGAAUCCAGAUCCUGUCCUGAUGAAGCUGAUCCUCUGGCUCCUGACAGUCUGUACACGUGUGUAUUAACUCAGACACGUUAUUUCAAAUCAAACUUUCGACUUCUGUGCUCAGACGAGUCGAGUUUCCACAAAAAUCGGCAAAAGAAAAUGUUAAUUAUUGCUCAUUUCCAUCCGUUUCUGUUGUGUGAACGUUAGUUGGUUCAUUCAUUCAUUGCAUUUCAAUCUGUUUCGGUGUAUUUACACCUAAUCUGGAUUUGAUCUUGAUGCUGAGGACGCACAGAACCACGAGGUGUGAACGUGGAGAAAAGUCAGCUGAAAACCGCAGCGAGUUAUGAUGUGAUUUUUUUUUCUUCCAGUUUCCCACGAAAACGAACAAAAGCUAUGUUUAAGGUCUCUGAACAUUUUACAGUUGUUCAGUUUCUCUGCGUGUCUGUGCUGUCCACAGCUGCGCUGCUGCAAAAAGGACCACAUGGUUUCUAUUACACAUUUAAGAUGUCGUACUCAGACGCACACUUCGUUCCUGCUGAUGAUUUCAGAUCAGCUCGGUUUCCUUUCUUCUGACCAACAGUUGAAAUAAUCCAUCACAGUCUCCUGUAACACACAUACUUACACAGUGUCCCCGUAAAACACACAAACAGACACAAUGUCCCUGUAAAACCGUUGUAUUCACAGUCCUCUGUCCAAAGCGGGACAUUAUAAAAAAGGUAGUGUGUGUUUUAGAUCUCAGAUGUCGAAGUGUGCCUGAAUGCACCUAAAAGGCAGAGUUACUGUUCGACAAUGUGUUUUACUACAAAAAGAAAAGUGUGUAAAUGUUGGCUGUGAUGGAUUAUCAUUAUUUGAGGCGACUUUCCUGUGAAAUGUUCAGAUAUUUAUUUAAGCAGCAACUAAGUCACUCUGUUAAAACUUAGAUUUUUUGUUUUGUUUUGUUUUAGCCAGCUGCUGAUGGAUAUGAGUGUUUGACAUCUGUCACAUUGUGACAUAGUGAAAAACAUCUGCUCGUGAUUCUGAUUUAGCUCUCUUAAAGGAACAGUUCAGUAUUUUUAGAAAUACGAUUAUGAUGCGUUUUACGUUUAUGUGUUAUGUAUAGAAGCUGGAGUCAGGACGUGAUGGUUAGCACUUACCGUGAAUUUCUGAUACCAUCUCCGACCACAGACAUGUCAACAAACUGUCUGCAAAUGCACCACAGCUGGCAGUUACAUCCAAAUAAAAUCCAGUAUUAACACUUGAACAAUCGGCUCAUUUUACAGGAGCUGAACAAACUCCUUCAAACACCUGACAUGAUGGAAUCCAGGCUGAUUAUUUGGGCUAACCACCAUGCGAUAAUGUCUGAACGCUGCCAAGCUGGAAUAAAGGGUCUUUUCCUGGUUCUUCUCAUUAAGUCGACCUCGUGUUCUCACUGCAGUCAAUCAGUUCAUUUUGAAGGGGCAUAAUUUUGGUAGCAUCUAUUGAACUAAAGCAUGUGAUCAAAUAUGAUUAAAUCAUUUGCAGUGGUAACGAGGCUGAAAUUUCUCUUCAGGUCCCAGAAUUUAGAGUAACACCAACUUUAUGUGUGGGAUCAUUCAGUCUCUUUAAACUGGACCAAACUCUACUUUGGAAAGUUUUACAUAUUUUAACUUUGACUCCAAUGUUGCUGCAGUGACUUUACACAGACUGCUGUGUUGCUCUGUAAAGUGAGACGCCAUCACAGUGACGAUGGCUUGUUUACUUACAAUAACAGCACAGAUUAUAGUCAGAGCCGCAAACUGAUAAACUCAGGGGCUCUGUGCUUCCUUUUUCCCUAAGGAGCACGUGCGCUGCUAAGUUGAAGAAUUUUGGAUCCCAUGAAGAAUUUUAGUUUAAUAAUUAUAUUAUUUAUAUAACUAUUUAUAUUUCACACUGCUUUAAACUAUAUAAGCUAAAUGGUAUGAACAGUGUGAAGACCUCUGUAAUAAAGUAAUUCUUCAUAGCUCUAAACGCUAAAAAGCAUCUGCUCAGUCCAUGGUUAGACUGGGCUACGUUUUAUUCGCACGUGUUCUUAAAUACGUCUUAUAGUUCACUUACAUCUAUUUUUAGUUACAAAUACCUGCAGAACUAAUGACGUUCCCAUCAGCCUCAGCUGGACGCUGUUUGCUGCUGAUUAGCUAAUGUUAGCAUGCCUCAAUAAAGUAAUAAACUCAUAAACAUUACACCUGCUUAACAUCAGCAUGUUAGGGUUGCUAUUGUGUUAGCAUGCUAAUGUUAGCAUUUAGUUCUAGUCUGUGUUGAGACUGAACAAACAGCGAGCUUUAAGGGAAUUGAUCGGUGUACGUUUGAACUUUGGACAGAGCCGAGUUAGCCGUUUGUCCAUGUCCAUGUCCCCUCUUUGUGCUUAGGCUGUGUCCUGACUCCAGCUCAAUACCUAACAUGUACACAGGAGACAUCUGAGAACAAUACUUGCCAAAACGUUGAAAGUUUGCUGUAAGGUAGCUUGUUAGCUUCAUGUGCAUACAAAUUCUGAACUUGGUGACGUACCAAAGUAGAUGGAAAAUGUCUAAAGGGUCAGUUCACCUAAAUUUAUAAAAUUACAACUAAUAUUAAAAAAUACAUUUUAAAAAAGUUAAUGUGUCCAGAAAGAAUGUACUUGUAACACAUAACACACACAGACACACACACUGUCCCUGUAACACACUUAUACAUCCCUCCUCCAGGUUUGUUGGCUUGUUUCUGUUGACUGGUCCAUGACACCCAGCAUAAGCCUUAACUGAACAUAAUCUACUAUUCUGUAAAUCAAAAUGUUAAAAAGAAAAAAAAGGAAAAGACAAAACUAACGGAUAAGAAAAGGAAACGUGUACUGUAGCUGUUACAUUUUUAGUCCUUCUGUUCAUUAUUUUCCGCUGUUUUUUCUUAAUAUUUCUAAUCUUAAGUCUGAGUGUGGCGACAUGUCAGUGAUGAACUGAUGAUGUUGGAAAAAAUAAAAGAUGCUUCAGGACAGAGGAGGAGCGGUCGUGUACAAAGUCAGCGGAGAGACUCAGACAUCUCUUGUCUUUUAGAAAUGUUUUUUAUUGUAUGUGAUUAAAAGAAAAACAACAACAUGGCAAUUUGAAAAGCAGUUUGUGAAUAAAUUAAGUUUAAUGAGAAUUAUUUUACAAAGAAAG